AGCGAAUCAAAAUUAGUAUCAUACCGAACGGCAAAUUACAUCUUUGAUUCGAUCAAAGGAAAAUUUUUUCUAAUUAAUUAAUUAAAAUAAUUAGGAUUUUACGAUGAUAAAAAAACACAGACAAAUGAUAGGUUACAAAAUAUAUUACAUGAUUAUUAUUCCAACAAUAUAUUUAAUUUUCAUAAAUAUUUUAUCAAUAUUUUUCCUAAAUAAUAUAAGUGCGAAUAAUCCUACGGAUAUACAAUUUCGAAAAUUAUUACAAAUUGGAUUAACUACUAUUGAACCUGGAAAAAACAGAGUAGACAAUUGUACUCCUCCAGCGAUCAAAGAAUUUCCAUCUGAUGGCCUUACUCGAGAACAAAGACAAUUAGGAUUUAUAUUGAUACAUUUUGUAAUAGCAAUUUAUAUGUUUCUGUUACUUGCUAUUGUUUGUGAUGAUUUUUUUGUGCCAUCAAUUAAAAAAAUUUGCGAUAAGAUUAACGUUUCAGAAGAUGUCGCAGGAGCGACAAUUAUGGCAACAGCUAGUUCUAGUCCGGAACUAUUCAUUAAUAUUGUAGGUACUUUUAUUACAGAGGGAGAUUUAGGUGUUGGUACGAUUGUUGGUUCUGCAGUUUUCAAUAUAUUAGCGGUACCUGCAUGUUGUGGUUUAUUUGCAAAUCAGAUAUUGAACUUGGAAGCAUGGCCUGUAACGCGAGAUACCAUUGCAUAUGCAAUUACUGUCCUUUUAUUAAUUUUGACUUUACGAGAUGGUCGUAUUGAAUGGUACGAAGCAUUGAUUCUUGUUCUCUCAUAUUUCUUAUAUAUUUUAGUAAUGUGUUUUGAUCGUAAUAUACAUCAAUUUAUUCAAUAUGCAACAAGAACAAGAAAAAAGUAUAAGAAUCUUUCUGAAAAAACUCCUUUGUUUUCUAAUGAUAUUAAAAACAUAGAUAAUUUAUUAGAAUCGAGUGAAGAAGAUGAAUCGCUUGAAAUUGUAAAUAUGAUGAAUUGGCCAAAAUCGAAGUGUGAACGAAUUUGGUGGUUGAUUACUUGGCCUAUAAAUUUCGUGCUUCUCAUCACGAUUCCCGAUUGCAGAAGAAGCACAUUAAAAUCUUGGUACCCCCUUACUUUUAUUAUGUGCAUAAUAUGGAUAGCAUCUACUUCGUACAUAGUUGGAUGGGUCAUUACUGUAAUUGGCGAUACAUUUAGGAUUCCCGAUUCUAUAAUGGGAUUAACUUUUCUUGCGGCAGGAAUGAGUGUACCGGAGGCUGUGUCGAGUGUUAUUGUUGCGAAUCAAGGACAUGGAGCUAUGGGCAUCAGUAAUUCAAUUGGUUCAAAUGUAUUCGAUGUAUUGCUUUGCCUUGGAUUACCUUGGUUUUUAAAAGCAGCACUUUUUUCGAAAGAAUCUGGCAAUCAUUAUGUGACAAUUAAUUCUCAAGGACUAAUUUAUAGCUCCAUAUCGUUAUUUUCUACUCUUACCGUUCUUUAUUUAUCUCUUUUAAUUGGCAAAUUUAAAUUAACACGAUCCGUUGGAAUAAUUUGUCUUACUAUGUAUAUCAUUUUCUUAGUAUUUGCUUCUAUCUUGGAACUUAAUAUAUUUUUCAUGGUUAAUUUACCCAUAUGUAUUGAUUGAUAUUUUAAUAAUUUAUGAUUUGUUAUAUUGUUAUUAGAUUUUAAUAUGAAAAUAGAAUU